CGCCAGCGCAUGAUGGACGAGGCGCGACAUCACCGCGUCAACGCCCUCCGCAUUCACACGCACUGGCGACAGAUCAUGCGAGACGCCAAGGUCAAGGAGCUGCGCGACGAGAUCGAGAUCCUCAGGCGCCAGCACGAGCGCGUGAUCGACGGCAAGGACGCCGCGAUCGCGGACCUGGACCGCGAGCUCGAGGAGGCGGAGGCGCAGCGCGCGACGGCGACGCGCGCGCACGUGCAAGCGGUCGACGCGUUCAUCGGGUUGCAGCACGACCGCGUGAAAUCGCUGGAGGAUGAAUUCGCGCGUAACCUCAGGCGCGUUCUAGCGCUCACGGAGGAAUUCGACGCGGAGCGCGCGGAGAUCGUCGGCGCGCACGCGCGGCAGAGGCGCGAGAUGAUGGACCUCAUGCUCGCGAUGGACGCGUCGCACGAGGCGCACAAGCACGAGUGUCUGACGGAGUUUGAGAGCCGACGGGAAGAGCUGAAAAACUCAAACGCCGAGGAGUACAACGCGCUGAGAACCGCGCUCGAGGGGACGAUCGAGGCGCUCGAGCGGACGUUCGAGGCGGCGCACCGCGAGUACCUCUCGUCCACGGACUCGAGGACGAGCUCGUUCAAGCUGCUGACGCGGCAGGACGCCAUCAGCGCGAGGACGAUCGAGAAACGCAUGCGGAAGUUGAUUCGCCUGCAAGACGCCGUCGCCAAGUGGCGGACGAAGAUCAAAGCUAACGCGGAGGAGUGGGAGGCGAGGAACAAAGCGCUGCGGCACGAGAAGGACAUCAUGUCGAAGCACUACCAGGACCUGAACCGCGCGAUGAAGAGGCUGCGGGAUAAGGAGCACAAGAAGCUUCAGGCGCUCAUCAUGAACAGCGACAAGGCGUCCAAGGCGUUGGACGAGAAGCUCGCCAAGGGUGAGAAACUCCUGAAGCUCGCGGAGCUGUCGCGGAAGAUGGAGACGGAAAACGAGAAGGUGGCGCCGUUCGCGCGCGCGUCCGGGCUGAUGAGCGACGCCGAGAUAACGCGGAUCCUGAGCGACCCGCGCGCGACGGACGGCGAGCGCGCGAUCGCGGCGGCGACGGCGAACGCGAAGAAGAAACGCGACGCGUACAACAAGGUGUACCUGGACGAGCGCGCGGUCGCGAAGGAGCGCGCGCGGCUGGAGCAGGAGAACGACGACCUGCGGACGCUCCUGAAGCAGUACCUGGACGGCGUCACCGUGGACGAGGGGGUGAUGGACGAUCCGUACAACUCGUUGUGCGUCGUGAACGAUCGGUUGCAACGGAGGACCGCGGCGGCGGCGGCGGGCGGCGCGGGCGCGGGCGGGGACGGCGACGGCGGUGGGUGGGCGUCGCGCGCCGGGACUACGCGGCCCGCGCCGGCGAGGGCGACGGUCAAGGGGGCGCGGUGGCGGCCGGAGCGCACGGGUGGACGCGGCGGCGACGACGACGCGGCGGCGGCGGCGGAGCCGCGGUUCGAGUACGUCAACGCGAACUGAGUUAGUCGUUCGUUUAGUCUCACGAUAAUGAUACGCUACCUAAACGUUAAGUUC